AUGAGUUCAGGUUCCAGACUGGUCAGCAAUGCUGCCACCAGGAGACUCCUGCUGCAGGGCCAGCAUCGUCUUUCACACUCUCCUCUCUUGUCCGCUUAUUCCUCUCGAUCCAAGUUCACUCGAGAUCUACCUCCAAAAGUACAAGCGCUGGCCAUUCUUUUGCCACAGAGAAACUAUGCUACCGAAACCUCCACUCAUGGUUCAGACAACGGACCGCCCCCUGGCUUCAAUAUCGAUGAGGCCAAGAAGCCGCUACCCAAGGAGGGGCAGAAGACGACAUCGGCAAAUCCCACGGUCGCUGAAUUGAAGAAGUCCGACGAACAGCUCAAAACUCCCAAAACAGGGGCGACCAUGCAUCCUAAGACCGAAGCGCUCGACAGAGCCAGCUUGACCGAGUUAGCUGCUGGCAAGAGCGCCGCUGAAACCCAACAAGCCGAGUCUAAGGCCGUCGCGAGCAAGAAGGAAGAGUCCAAGAAAUUGACGCUUGGACAGAAAAUAAAGAAGGAAAUCUUGCACUAUUGGGAUGGGACCAAGUUGUUGGCUUCCGAAGUCAGAAUAUCUACAAAACUGGCUCUGAAGAUGGCUAGUGGGUAUGAGCUCAGCAGGCGUGAAAACCGACAGCUUCAAAGAACAGUUCAGGACUUGGGUCGAUUGGUGCCUUUCUCAGUUUUUGUCAUCGUGCCUUUCGCCGAACUGCUCUUGCCAGUCGCUCUUAAACUCUUCCCGAAUAUGCUUCCAUCCACCUACGAGGGUCAGAAGUCCCGCGAAUCGAAAGCGGCAUCUCUUCGGGAAUCUCGGAAGCAAGUUUCCUCCUUCCUUCGAAAUACCCUUCGAGAGACCGGUCUCCCUGUCUCCGCCAUUAAUGCAAAGAAAGAGGAAUUCACGGAGUUCUUCCGGAAAGUCCGCGCCACGGGAGAGGCCCCGUCAAAGGAGGAUGUCAUCAAAGUGUGCAAAAUCUUCAAGGACGACUUGACCCUAGACAAUCUCUCCAGACCGCAGCUGGUGGGAAUGUGCAAGUACAUGAACUUGAACACUUUCGGCACGGAUGCCAUGCUGCGGUAUCAGAUUCGCCACCGCAUGCGACAGAUCAAACGUGACGACAAGGCCAUUUCAUAUGAAGGAGUCGAUUCACUAUCAGUUCCCGAGUUGCAGAUGGCCUGUGCAUCACGAGGCCUGCGCACCCAUGGUAUGUCGCCAGGAAAGCUGCGAGAAGACCUGCAAAUGUGGCUGGACCUACGUCUGAAAUACAACAUUCCCUCGACCUUGCUUGUGCUCAGCAAUGCUUAUAUGUACACCACCGGCAAAGACAGCGAGAUUGACACUCAGAUUGACGCCCUCCAAGCUGUACUGAGCAGCAUCCCGGAGGAGUUGUUCCACGAGAUCGAACUUGAAGUCCACAACGCCGAGGGCGCCGCGACAAACAAGCAGCGUCUCGAAGUGCUCAAGGAGCAACAAGAACUCAUCGAGGAAGAAAACGAGCAAGCCGAGUCGAGCAAGACAGAAGACAGCAAAGUUGCGAACAAGGGCGUGAAAGACGACAAGGACAUUGAUGAAAAGCCCAAGGCAAAGCCUGAUGCUGAGGCUGCCGAAUCCUCCUCUGCUAAUGAGGCCAAAGAGGCCGAAGCGGACGCCACCGAACAGGGCAAGCAGGAGCCUGCAAGAAAAGAAGAGGAAGUCAAGAAGGACUGA